CUGAGGGGCGGGGCUACAGGCGGGGAGGGAGAGGAGGCGAAAGUCCCAGAAGGACUCGUUCGUGUCUCCGGUCGGGUGUCGGUAGUACAUUUAAUACAUUGAAAAAAGCCUUGAAGAAGGCCAGGGAACCAGGCUAUUCCCACACCACCGUUAGCCUUUAAGUAACGGUCCAGAAGAAGCUUUUUUUUUUUUUUUUUUUCCUCCCCCCUUCUGAACAAACUUCACUAUUUUCCUCACUGUCUCUGUGGUCGGGUGGGUCGAAAGCUAAGGCUUAGUCAAGCUUCACCCAUUCCGAUACUCGCCCUCCUCCACUUGAGUUUCUUUCAGUCUUCGCGAGGAGGAGAGCCGAACCUAGUUGUUCGCGGGGAACACAGACAGAGAAGUUUGGCCACCAUGUUCAGCUGGUCCAACAAGGAGGGGAAGAAGAAAGACCCCGAGCUCUUCCAGACGGUGUCGGACGGUCUCAAACGGCUCUACCGGACCAAGCUGUACCCGCUCGAGGACACGUACCGCUUCCACGAAUUCCACUCGCCCGCCCUGGAGGACGCCGACUUCGACAACAAGCCCAUGGUGCUGCUCGUGGGUCAGUACUCGACCGGGAAGACCACGUUCAUCCGCCACAUCAUGGAGCAGGACUUCCCGGGCAUGCGGAUCGGCCCCGAGCCCACCACCGACUCCUUCAUCGCCGUCAUGCACGGGGAGCAGGAGGGCAUCGUGCCGGGGAACGCCCUGGUGGUGGACCCCAAGAAGCCCUUCCGCAAGCUGAACGCUUUCGGCAACGCGUUCCUCAACAGGUUCAUGUGUGCCCAGAUGCCCAACCCUGUGCUGGAGAGCAUCAGCAUUAUCGACACCCCAGGCAUCUUGUCCGGAGAGAAACAGAGGAUCAGCAGAGGCUAUGAUUUUGCAGCAGUGCUCGAGUGGUUCGCAGAGCGGGUGGACCGCAUCAUCCUGCUCUUCGAUGCCCACAAGCUGGACAUUUCAGAUGAGUUUUCUGAGGUCAUCCGGGCUCUGAAGAAUCACGAGGACAAGAUGCGUGUGGUGCUGAACAAAGCUGACCAAAUCGGAACCCAGCAGCUAAUGCGGGUCUACGGUGCCCUCAUGUGGUCACUGGGCAAGAUCAUCAACACACCUGAGGUGGUAAGGGUGUACAUUGGCUCCUUCUGGGCCCAGCCACUCCUUGUGCCGGACAACCGCAAACUUUUUGAAGCAGAGGAGCAGGACCUAUUCCGAGACAUCCAGAGCUUGCCCCGCAAUGCUGCCCUGCGCAAGCUCAAUGACCUCAUCAAGCGUGCCCGCCUAGCCAAGGUUCAUGCUUACAUCAUCAGCUCCCUGAAGAAGGAAAUGCCUAGUGUGUUUGGCAAAGAAAACAAGAAGAAAGAACUGAUUAACAAUCUUGGUGAGAUCUAUCUGAAAAUAGAGAAAGAGCAUCAGAUCUCUCCAGGGGACUUUCCAAAACUCAAUAAGAUGCAGGAGCUUCUUGCAGGUCAAGAUUUCACCAAGUUCCCAGCUAUAAAGCCCAAGCUCCUGGAAGCUGUGGAGAGUAUGCUGGCCAAUGACAUUGCCAAGCUGAUGACAAUGGUUCGCCAAGAAGAGGCUGCUAUGCCCAGCCAGGCAGUGAAGGGUGGCGCCUUUGAGGGCACUGCAAACGGCCCCUUUGGCCACGGCUAUGGUGAGGGUGCCGGCGAGGGCAUCGAUGAGUUAGAGUGGGUAGUGGCACGCGACAAGCCCAAAUACGAUGAGAUUUUCUACACAUUGUCGCCUGUCAAUGGCAAGGUGUCAGGUGCCAUGGCUAAGAAGGAAAUGGUCAAGUCCAAACUGCCCAACACAGUGCUGGGCAAGAUCUGGAAGCUGGCUGAUGUGGACAAGGAUGGCUUCCUGGAUGAUGAAGAGUUUGCCCUGGCCAACCACCUGAUAAAGGUGAAGCUGGAGGGCCAUGAACUGCCUGCUGAACUGCCUGAUCACCUUGUGCCACCGUCAAAGCGUGGCCAGCAAUUGUAGACCAGGGCAGGGUUUGAGUAGUGGGGUUUGGUGUUGGGCUUGGAUCAGUAUGGGAAAGCACACAAAUCUAAUGCGGUUCACCCCAUUCUCCUACAAUGUUUGAUGAAUGUGAAUAAAGCUCAAUGUUCCUUUAAAACAAAAAAUAAACUUUAU